AUGGCGUCGGCGAGCGGGCCGGCUGUAGUGGGGUUGUUGCUUCGAUUUUGCGCCGUUGCCUUCACGUUGCUGGGUAGGGUUGAUGGCCUGGUGGAAGGCUUGUAUUGCGGUGCCGUCUCCUGCUACGACGUCCUCGGAGUGUCAAGAGAUGCUGGCAAAAGCGAGAUCGCCCGCGCUUACCGCCAGUUGGCCCGGCGCUUCCACCCGGACCGGUACAGACCCACGGAGGCCGGGGAGAACCCCGAGGAGAAGUUCCUACUGGUUGCCACCGCCUAUGAAACACUGAAGGAUGAUGAAGCCCGGAAGGAUUAUGAUUACAUGCUUGAUCAUCCUGAUGAAUUUUACAGGCAUUACUACCAUUACUACAAGAGAAGGCUAGCACCCAAAGUGGAUGUCAGAAUAGUUAUAAUUGUGACAGUUUGUGCUAUAUCACUUUUUCAGUACUACAGCUGGUGGAGCAGUUAUAGUGAGGCCAUUCAUUAUCUCACUACUGUGCCAAAGUAUAGAAUCCAGGCCACAGAAAUUGCAAAGCAGCAAGGCCUCCUUAACAAAACUAAAGAAAAAGGGAAAAACAGACGCUCUAAGGAAGAAAUCAAAGAAGAGGAGGAGGAAAUCAUUAAAAGCAUUAUCAAAAAUAACAUUGACAUUAAAGGUGGCUAUCAGAAACCACAGCUAUAUGAUAUACUCCUCUUCCAAAUUGUUUUAGCUCCUUAUUACAUCUGUAGGUAUAUAAUGUGGUAUUGCAGGUGGAUUUACCGUUUUCACAUAAAACAGGAAGAAUAUGGAGAAGAAGAAAAAUUGUAUAUUAUUAGAAAAAACAUGAAAAUGUCACAAGGCCAAUUUGACAGUUUAGAAGAUCAUCAGAAAGAGAUGUUCCUUGAGAGGAAGCUGUGGUUACGAGAAAACUUUGAGGUUUAUAAGCUGGAACAAGAGGAAGAACUCAAAAAGAAAGUAGCAUCAGAUCCACGAUGGAAACGGUAUCGGCGGUGGUUGAGAAAUGAGGGCCCAGGAAGGCUAACAUUCAUCGAUGACUAAAUACCUCUGACUUACACAAGUGUUUACAGAAAAUGGCUUUUUAUAUUUAAAAAAAAAACUAUUUUGAUAAUGAAACAUAAAUAUCAUUGAUCUAAUAACUCAGGAUUUAGUUUAAACAGCAUUCAGUUUAAUUACAACCCUGUUACUAUUUAGAUUCACCCCACAAAAAAUGCAUUCCCAAAUAUUAGUGGAAAUGUGUACUGAUUAUAGAAUCUGACUUUGUUUUUUUUUGAUUGCAAGGACUAAAGUGGACAAGUUUUGGUUGCUUAUUCAUUUUAUUAAUAGGUGAGAUGGAAAUUGCAUUGCCAAGGAUUAGUUCAUUGUAGAUUUUUUUUUGAUUAUAAAUUAAACGUCAUAGAAAUAAAAAUCUAAAUGUGAGAUAUUUAAUGGUUAUUUAGUUUCUAGGUGGAAGUUGAAAUAAUAGCUGUUUAAGAUCAAAUGGCAGCAGCUUUUAUGGUGCCUGCAAGUUACAGAUAUAUAAACUAGAAAAAUCAGCGGCUGCUCAAAUGCAUGCAACAAGUUUGUGAACAGAUGUAGAUUAUAGUUUCUUUUUUUUACUUGCACCCAUUUUGUACAUUCAUUAUGAAUGGAUGCAAGUAAUUCUACCAUUAUAAGUUCCUAAGACAUCUUUUCGAUUUAUUUCACAAUUGUCAAUUGAGCUGACAACUAGGGGUUGAUGUGUUUUUCUUUGGGCAUCUUGGUUCUCUUAACAUUUCCUCCCUAGGAAGGACUUGAUAAUGGUUUUGUGAUAAGUUAUUGAAAAGCUACUGCUGGUACCAAAAUAGAAUCGUAGAAUUCCUACAAUGUGGAAAGAAACCAUUUGGCUCAUCUCGUUUUCACUGACCUUCCAAAAAGCAUCCCACCCAAUCCCUAUAACCCUGUAUUUCCCAUGACUAAUCUGCACAACUCUGGACACUGCAGGAUAACGUAGUGUGGCCAAAGCACCAAAACUGCACAUCUUUGGACUGUGGGAGCAAACAGAAGCACCCAGCAGAAAGCCACACAGACAUGGGGAAAACAUGCAGAUUCCAUACAGGCAGUUACCCAGGGCUGGAAUUGAAUCCAGGUCCCUGGCACUGUGAGGCAACAAUGCUAAUUACUGUGCUGCGCCUGCCUAUUGUUGUGAGGUUUAGACAAGGUUAGAAGAGAGCUAUUAGAAUAACCACAUUAUUUGCUUUGUCCUUGCUGUCCUUUCCUAGUUAUUAUAGGGUUUUAAAGCAAAUUUAAAUUUUAUCAUUUUUCUAUCCAUGAAUGCCCACUACCUCAAUUUGAUUUUUUAAAAAAAAUUUAACUUUUUUUCAAUUUAAUUGAAUCACUCGGUAUUAAUUUGGAGCGAACUGGUAAGUUGUAUCUCUAAAAGACAAAAAUCCAAGAAUAGCUGAUCUUCUCUUUAUGCAGUAUACGUCACGAUAGAAUCUGUGCUGAAUUAAGUGCUUCCAGUUCAGAAUGUAGUGACACUAAUAUGGAAGACUAAUAUAGCUAAUCCCUAGUAACCACAGACAGGUUAUCUAGAAAAUGUUAAUUGAAUGGCAGAAUUCUGCGAAUGUUGGAAAUCUGGAAGAAAUGUAGAGAAUAACACUAACAUUUGUGGUGAUCAACUUGUAUCACUAACUCUGUCCACAGAUGGUUUCUGAUUUUGUAUUUGCAGCAUUUUCUGUUUUUUAUGCCAGCAUAUGUUGAUAGUUCCAUGAAAAUUUUAUAUAUGAAGUGAAUGGAUUGUAACAGAUUUAUCUCAAAAUUUGGUUAGGAAUAUUAAUAUGUACCUGCGCCUAAUGGUGUUUAAACUAAAUUGAGGUUGACAUUCAAAACAAUCCAUCUCCUAAGAAACAUCUUUCUUCGCUGUCCAUUCUAAAGAUAAAUUCUCAGGCCAAGAGGUUUUACCCCUUGAAUGUAAAUUUGAAGUAUUCUGUCAUCAUGAUUUUGGAAUGAGAUACUAAAUCAAUUAUCUUAAUUACCCAAAAAAUUAAAAUGUGUGGCAUUAAAGGCAUAAGUUUGUCCUAUUUUAAAGUUUUAAAACUAUAAAAUUAGCACCUUUUUUUUAAAAUUUCUAGAUUUUGAGAAUAAUAUCCACAUACUAAACAUUAGAAGCAAGUAUUAAUAAACAAAGCACAACCGACAGUUCAGAAUGUCGUUAACUGCAGUCUUUGAAAUGUAUUGCCAGUUAACCCACAACAGAUUUUAGAUUGGUAAUAAUGCCUACUCACCAACAGGUAGUCAUACAAUGAAAGAUGACAAACGUUUUGUAUGCCACUUGUAUUGGAAAUAUGGGAGAGAGGGUGGUUGCAUUAUCUGGUGGAUGAAUACAAUUUUUCUUCUCUAACGAAUGUAAGUCACGAGAAGCUACUUUGCUUUUAUUAAUGAACAAUAACUAGGAUGGUGGUUUGGAUUUAGAAUUCAAAAUGUCUCAGUUCACCAAAGAUGCAGCAAUAGUUUCAUUGUGAGAAUAAAGCUCUCACCUAAUUGGCUAUUUAAAACCUGCGAUUUGAUUCAAAAAUUUGAAUUUAUUUGGCAUCUUUAAUACAGCAAAUUAUCCAAGGUGCUUCACAGGAAAUAUACAAAAGAACUUGCAUUUAUGUAGUGCCUUUCCUAUCAUAAGGAUGACCAAAAGCACUGUAGAACCAAUGAAAAACUUUGAAGUGUAGUCACUGUUAAAGGAAAUGUAAUGGCCAAUUUGCACACAACAAGGUGGAAAUAACCAGAUUAACUUGUGUUGUUCAUUGAGGGAUAAAGUAUUGUCCAGACAGGCCCCCAUUUUAAAGAUUAAUCUGAAAGAUGGCACUCCAGCAGCAUUGUAUUUGCAUGUUGGCUGUGGAUUUUGUGCUCAGGUCCUGGAGUGGUAUUUGAUGCCGAGUCAGAAGAUUUUGGGUUAAGGAUGCUGUCAAGUGAGGUGUGGUUCAGGACAAUAAGCAAAGUUUGACCCUAAAUCAAUAUUAGGACAGCUGGUCAAAAAUUUGGUCGAGGAUCAUGUUUUCCUAUUACAAUAUCUAAAAAAAAAAGGACCCCUGCUUCAGGGAAGCAUAAUUGCCUUCAGUGUGCUUAAAUAAUACUUGUUCAGAUCAAGAAGCAUCUAGGUUCGAACCAUUGUCUUUAUUAACUUAAAAUUUGACAGGGUGUGCAGUAAUACAAAUCUUCCAUACACUCCUGGUUUGGCAAAGGGAACAUCAGGCUCCUGAUUACUGAUCGUUUAUCUGCCUUGAUAAGUAUGCUGAGUGGAUAACAACAGGUGAAGACUAGAUUAAACUAACCGGCUUUAAUUUUCCUGGUGUCACUGGUAAUCCCCACAAGAGUUGAUCUUAUCAAGGUUUUACAGGUAAAUUGUGACCACUGAGGCAACUGGUAUUAAUCUUACCGAUAUUUAUACCUUAGCCAUUAAUGUGGGGAAGAAAGUUCCAAUGGUUAUCACAUUUGGCCGUGGGAGCUUGCUAUCAGCAAAUUGACUGCAAGUUAAGAUUGUUGCUUUUUCAACAGUGAUUGCACUACAGCAAAGCAUUUUUUUUGAUAGCCUGAAGUGAAAAGCCCUAUGUAAAGGCAAGUUCAUUCUUUCUAACUCUACCUCUGAAAGAAAUCAAUGCCUUAAGAGGAAAUAAUUGGUGGAAGAAACAGUUGAUAGAAUAGCAUUGGUUGCACUUUGUUUUGGAGGCUGUAAGGUUUUGUAGGUUUGAAUAAAUAUUCAGCAAGAUAUGAAAAUCUACAUUUUGAGGGGAUAUAUUCUGGAAAAAUGCCUGUCUGAUUUAUUUUGUUGAAAUUCAUUGCUGAGUUUUGCCAAACGUUUCGUAAUGCU